AUGUUCAAGAAAUUCCAGCCGUCCUCUGAUGUCUCGGGGCAAACGAGCGUAAAAUCUUCCGUGCAGCGGUCGAUCCGAGCGAGCAUCCUCUCGCAGUGGAAGGUGGAUGCAGAGACAUUUGAGCAGAUAUGGCCGAAGAAGGAGCCCUUAAUCCUCGUGAAAUGCAGAGAUCACAUAUCGAUCUACACGCUGCAGGGCGAACCUCUCUUCUUCCAGCACUUCGAUGGACCGUUCUAUCCCACGCUGCGUCUUCUGCAUCAAUACCCAUUCCUGCUCCCUAUGGUGAGAGUCGAUCGCGGGGCCAUCCGUUUUCUUCUCGCUGGUGCCCACAUGAUGUGCCCAGGCAUGACGUCUGCAGGAGGUUACCUUCCCCCUGCAGACGCCGCGCUGCCUGCAGGCACAGCGGUCGCCAUCCACGCGGAGGGGAAGGAGCACGCCGUGGGCAUCGGUAUCACGAAGCUCAACACGGAGGAGAUGAAGAGGGUGAACAAGGAUGUCGGGGUCGAGACCGUGACGUACCUCGGGGACGAUUUGUGGUCGCUGAAGAAGCUGUGA